AAAAAAAAAAAAUACAAGCAAUAACUAUGCAAUAAAAAGAAUAAGAUAAAGAAAUAAUAAACAUUGAAAUUCUAUAAUAAUAAAAAGAAUAAAUCGAAGAAGAAGAUCUAUAAUAAUUUUAAUAAUCCUCUCCAAUUAAAAACACAAAGUUUUGUUCAAUAAAAAGUAUAGACACAUUCGCUUGUCACUACGAAGAUAAAUUACCGACUACAACAAAUACCACAAAAACUAGUGUAACCAAAGAAUCCUAAAACGACGAAUCACCCACAGUACGCUUCGGAGAUUAAACAGUAUUAGAUGAAUUAUAAGGAGAAGAAGUAUAGAAAUUCGAAUAUUAACCAGACGAUAUACCCCAGAGAAGUAUAUUAAAAAACGACGGUGGAAUUCGUUAAAAAUCCCAAUCAUUUAAUCCUCGAGUAAUAAGAGAUAUAGAAGGAAAAAUAAUUAAGCAUUCCGAUGGAAAAUAAAAAGAAUAGUAUGAAAUUACUAAUUCAGAUAAAGACCAAACUUAAGAAAAAGAAGAGGAAAAAAAUAAAGAAUUUGCUUAAAAAUCAACACUGAAGUAAGAUUUUCCCUUUAAAAUAUUUACGAUAAAAGUGAUAAAAAAUCAUCAAUAAUAUCUUUAAAAAAUAUGCCACAAUAUUCCAUUCUUAAAAACAGUCCUUUGGUAUAACCUUCAGGUUUUAAAGGACUUAAAUGUAUAGAUAAAGUAUCAACUUCAUCACAUAAUACUAAUAAUAUCUAAAAUAUGUCUCAAGAUUCAAAUAAUGAUUCUGAUGAUAAUUCAUCUUCUUAAUAAGAAACUGAAGUAAAAUUUAUUGGAGAAGCAGUAAUUUAAGAAAUCGAUGCAUUAAAGCAUGAAUAUAAACCUGAAGAAAAUCCCAAAAAACCCAUAAUUAAAAGAAUGUCUUGUUUUGUCUAAAUGCCUAAUUAGAAAGAAUUUUAAAGAUAGGCAAGAAAAAGAAUGUCUUACGAGUUUUCGAAUUUAAAAAAUGUAGAUGGAAUUAAAAUUUAAAAAAAUAAAAACGUAAAAAUAAAUUUUAAACCACAAAUUGUUAAAAGUGUCAAAAUUCCAGAAAUGGAAAAAAACAGAAGCUAAUCUUUUGAUAAUUCUUAAAAGAAGAUGACUCAAGAAGCUUUAUAAAGCAUAAAUUCUUCAGAAAAAAUUGUGCGUUUUGGA